UGGGAGCUGGGAACAGCCCUCUAUUAAGUAGCAAGUUUGGGGAGAGGCGCUUCCCACUUGGAGAAGGCAAGGCUUCCCCACGGAGCGACCCCUCGCAGCGGCAGCAGCAGCCUCAGCCAGCCCAGCGCUCAACCUAGGCGGCUCCUCUCGCCGCCGCCGCCGCCGCUACUGGCCGCGCCCUUCCCCAAGGUGCCCGGGAGCUCUCUCCGCCGCUGCCUCCCGCCUUAGCCCCGCAGCUGCGGGCGCCGACUCAUCGUCCAUCCCCGCUACCGCGCCGCUGCCACCCAAGAGUCAUUCAUGUGGUUGUGAUCCAAAACGGCAGCCAUGAAGAUUAGGCUCUCGGAAGCGGCAGUCGCUGCCCUGUGCGUAGGUCUUCUCCUGUGCUCAAUAGAGGCUGAAGUCAAUCCACCAUCAGACUUGAAUUUUAAAAUUAUAGAUGAACACACUGUUCAAAUGUCAUGGACGAGACCAUCUGAUGCAAUAGAAGGUUACAGGAUAACACUGACACCUGCAGCUGAUGGCCCUACUAGAGAAUUUACUCUAGCACAUACAGCUACCCAAACUUUAUUAACAGACCUCAUUCCUGAUACUGAAUAUGUUGUUACAAUAAGUUCAUAUGAUGACAGAGAAGAGAGUAUAUCUGUCUCUGGACAACUGACAAUUCAGACAGGAGGUUUAAUAACAACGGAAGAAAAGAAGAUUGAAGAAGUUCAGUUGCAAAGAUGUUCCGUUAGUGCUGUUACAGAUCUAGUUUUUCUCGUGGAUGGCUCCUGGAGUGUGGGCAGAAAUAACUUUAGAUAUAUAUUGGACUUCAUUGUUACACUUGUAUCAGCUUUUGAUAUUGGAGAAGAAAAGACAAGAGUUGGAAUAGUCCAGUACAGUUCUGAUACAAGGACUGAAUUCAACUUAAAUCAGUAUUUCAGAAAGAAAGAUCUUAUUGAGGCCAUAAAAAGGAUCCCAUACAAAGGAGGCAAUACAAUGACAGGAGAAGCUAUAGAUUAUCUGAUUAAGAAUACGUUCAUUGAGUCUGCUGGAGCAAGAAAAGGCUUUCCUAAAGUGGCAAUCAUCAUUACGGAUGGAAAGUCUCAAGAUGAAGUAGAAAUUCCUGCAAGAGAACUACGUAGCAUGGGAGUUGAAGUCUUUUCUUUGGGGGUCAAAGCUGCAGAUGCCAAAGAGCUGAAGUUAAUUGCUUCUCAGCCCUCGCUGAAGCAUGUUUUUAAUGUGGCUAACUUUGAUGGCAUUGUGGAUAUACAGAACGAAAUCGUUUCACAGGUGUGCUCAGGGGUUGAUGAACAACUGGGUGAGCUGAUCAGUGGAGAAGAAGCUAUAGAACCUCCUUCAAACCUUGCAGCCACACAGGUCUCCUCAAGAUCAAUUAGGCUCACUUGGUAUCCUUCUCCUAGUGAGAUAACUGGGUACAAGGUGGACCUCAUUCCAAUGAUAGCCGGUGCCAAGCAACAGUCUCUAAGUGUAGGGCCUCAGACUACUGCUGUCAAUGUAAAAGAUCUUUCUGCGGACACAGAAUACCAAGUCAGUGUGUAUGCGAUGAAAGAACUGACUGCCAGUGAGCCAGUGACUAUAAUGGAAAAAACACAACCGGUGAAGGUUCAAGUGGAAUGCUCACAAGGUGUGGAUGUAAAAGCUGAUAUUGUGUUUCUGGUUGAUGGCUCCUACAGUAUCGGCAUUGCCAAUUUUGUUAAAGUGAGAGCAUUUUUGGAAGUGCUAGUUAAAAGCUUUGAGAUUUCACCUAACAAAGUCCAAAUCAGCCUUGUCCAGUACAGCAGGGAUCCUCAUACUGAGUUUACUUUGAACAGAUACAACAGAAUUGAAGACAUAAUUCAAGCUAUUAACACUUUCCCAUACAGAGGUGGAUCUACAAACACUGGCAAAGCAAUGACCUAUGUAAGGGAAAAAGUCUUUGUUACAAGCAAAGGUGCAAGAGAGAACGUCCCAAGAGUCAUGAUUCUGAUUACUGAUGGGAAAUCAUCAGAUACUUUUACUGAGCCUGCUAUAAAGCUGAGGAACUCGGAUGUAGAGAUAUUUGCAGUUGGUGUUAAGGAUGCAGUACGGUCAGAAUUGGAAGCAAUUGCUACACCACCGACGGAAACCCAUGUGUACACAGUAGAAGACUUCGAUGCUUUUCAGAGAAUAUCCUUUGAACUCACACAGUCUGUUUGCUUACGAAUUGAACAGGAACUUCAAAAGAUUAAGAGGAAAUCUUACUUACCUGCAAGUAAUCUGGAGUUUUCCGAAGUGGAUUCUUACAGUUUCAGAGUUAGCUGGUCUCCAGCAGGAGCUGAUGUCUUGUCUUACCUUGUCAAGUAUAAAGUGGCUGUUGAAGGAGAGGAAUUCAUUAUGUCUGUACCAGCUCCAGUUACUAACACAGUCCUUACUAAUUUACUACCGAAAACCACCUAUGCUGUCAGCGUGAUUGCAGAAUAUGAAGAUGGUGAUGGGCCCACCUUGGAUGGAGAAGAAACAACUUUAGAAGUCAGGGGAUCACCACGAAACUUAAGAGUAACUGACGAAACAACUGAUAGUUUUAAAGUUGGAUGGUCACCUGCUCCAGGGAAUGUUCUCAGAUACAGAAUUUCGUAUAGGCCAGUUACUGGUGGGGCGAGAAGAGAAAUUGCUGUCUCAGCAAAUGAAAGAGCAACAACACUGCAGAAUCUAAAACCAGAUACAAGAUAUGAAGUCUCUGUUACUCCUGAGUACCAGUCUGGGGCUGGAAAUUCAUUGAAUGGUCAUGGAAAAACGGAAGAAGUCCUGGGAAGGCCAAGAGACUUGGAAGUUUUAGAUCCUACAACAUCCUCACUGAAAUUGACUUGGAGAUCAGCACCUGGCAAAGUACAGCGAUACCUUGUAACAUAUACUCCAGUGACGGGAGGUGAAACGAAAGAAGCAACCUUAAGUGGAGAAACUACCACUACAGUUCUCAGAAACUUGGAGCCAGGGACAAGAUAUGAUUUAUCUGUGACUGCCCUUUAUGCAUCUGGCGCAGGGGAUGCUCUUCUUGGACAAGGCGACACAAUUGAAGAACGCGGCUCUCCUCGUGACUUGGUUACUAGAGACAUAACUGAUACUAGCAUUGGAGUGUCAUGGACAGCAGCUCCGGGAUCGGUUGAUCAUUACAGAAUUAUAUGGAAAUCACUUUAUGAUGAUCUGUCUGGAGAGGAAACAGUUCCUGGAAAUGUUAUAAAUACUGUACUGGGAAACCUGCAGCCUGAGACCAAAUAUAAGAUUUCAGUCUUGGCUUCUUACAGAAGUGGUGAAGGAGCUCCUUUGGAGGGACAAGCUACAACUGAAGUGUCACCGAGUUCCAGGACUGUGAGAGUGGAUAAUGAGAAAGAGACCACAAUGAGAGUUACCUGGCAGCCAGCACCUGGAAAAGUUGUCAGCUAUCGUGUAGUUUACCGUCCCCGCAGGGGAGGUCGACAGAUGGUCACCAAAGUGCCACCUACCAGCACCACCACAGUAUUAAAACGUCUUCAGCCUCUGACCACUUAUGAUAUCUCUGUCAUUCCAAUGUAUAAAACCGGAGAAGGAAAACACAGACAAGGGGAAGGAACAACAGCAUCCCCAUUUAAAUCUCCCCAAAAUCUGAAGACUUCUGAUUCUACGAUGUCAAGCUUCCGAGUAACCUGGGAGCCAUCCCCUGGAGAAGUGAGGGGAUACAAAGUAACCUUCCAUCCAAUCGGAGAAAACAGACAACUUGGAGAAUUGCUAGUUGGUCCUUACGACAACACAGUAGUACUGGAGGAGCUCAGGGCAGGCACUUCCUAUAAAGUCAAUGUUUUUGGAGUGUUUGAAGGAGGCGAAAGUGCGCCAGUGAUUGGAGAAGAAGCAACUACCCUUUCAGAUGCUACUGUGGUGCCAUUUUUAGCUAGAGGCCUGGAAUGCAUAACCAGAGCAGAAGCAGAUAUUGUGUUGCUGGUGGACGGCUCAUGGAGCAUUGGUCGACCAAAUUUUAAAACAGUCCGGAGCUUCAUUGCUCGCAUUGUUGAAGUAUUUGAUAUUGGUCCAGACAAAGUACAGAUUGCCCUUGCACAAUAUAGUGGAGAUCCGAGAACAGAAUGGCAUCUCAAUGCACAUAAAACCAAACAGAGUUUAUUGGAUGCUGUGGCCAACUUGCCAUAUAAAGGAGGCAACACCUUAACAGGAAUGGCUUUGAACUUCAUCUUAAGAAACAACUUUAAACCAGAAGUUGGUAUGAGGCCCGGAGCUCGCAAAAUUGCUGUCCUCAUCACUGAUGGCAAGUCGCAAGAUGACAUCAUUGCUCCGUCACAGAAACUGAGAGAUAUGGGAGUGGAGAUUUAUGCGGUUGGUAUCAAAAAUGCAGAUGAAAAUGAGCUGAAGCAGAUUGCAACAGAUCCAGAUGAAACCCAUGUUUACAAUGUUGCUGAUUUCACCCUUCUUGUUACUAUUGUCGAUGACCUCACUAUAAAUUUGUGCAACAGUGUAAAAGGUCCAGGAGAUUUGGCCCUGCCACCCACCAAUCUUGUUACCUCCGAGGUGACCCCUCGUUCCUUUAGAGUGUCUUGGACUCCACCUUCCGAGAGUGUUGAUAGAUACCGGGUUGAAUAUUAUCCUGUCAGUGGUGGCACACCAAAGGAGGUCUAUGUAAGUCGUUCAGAAACUUCUACUGUUCUGACUGGUCUCAAGCCUGAAACAGAGUAUGUUGUGAAUGUAUUUUCUGUGGUAGAAGGUACUAACAGUGAACCUCUGAAGGGCACUGAAACAACAUUGCCCAUCCCUUCAGUUAGAAACUUGAAUGCGUAUGAUGUUACCUCAACCACAAUGCGAGUACGAUGGGAACCUGUCAAUGGAGCUACUGGCUAUAUGUUGUUAUAUGACCCAGUCAAUGCUACAGUACCAGCAGUGGAAAAGGAGAUGCGUGUUGGAGGAUCAGUGAAUGACGUACAGCUGGUUGACCUGCUGCCAAACACCGAAUACACCUUAACGAUUCAUUCACUCUUUGAUGACCUCACUAGUGAUCCACUCACUACUCAGGAAGUCACAUUACCUUUAAGUGGAGCGAAAAGCCUAAGGAUAAGAGAUAUCACUCACAGCAGCAUGAGAGUCAAUUGGGAACAUGCUCCAGGAAAAGUUCGUAAAUACAUACUGAGGUACAAAGCACCUGAAGAUGAAAUAAAAGAGGUGGAAGUGGAUUCAUCUCAGACAAGCAUAGAUCUCCCUGGACUUUCGUCAAGAACACGCUACAAUAUUGAGCUCGUUGCAGUAUAUGAUGAAGGAGUAUCUGUGCCCAUAACUGCAGAUGCUACCACUUUACCUGUACCAGCACCACUCAAUUUAAGAACUGAUCAGGUAACCAAGACUUCUUUCAGAGCCACUUGGGACCAUGGAGCACCUGAUGUAGCUCUCUAUAGAGUAAUGUGGGGGCUUUAUGGUGCACCUGAAAAAAAGGAGAUGAUUCUAAAUGGAGAUGAAAACACAUUGGUUUUUCAUGAUCUGACACCAGACACAUUGUAUGAUAUCGCAGUGACUGCAGUUUAUCCUGAUGAGUCGGAGAGCGAUGAAUUGAUUGGCAGUGAACGCACAUUGCCUAUUGUACCUAUAACAACACCAGUGCCAAAGAGUGGUCCACGGAACCUCCAGGUGUACAAUGCCUCGUCCAGCAGCUUGACCGUCAAAUGGGACCCUGCCACUGGACGUGUGCAACGGUACAGGAUUGUUUAUCGACCUGCAGCUGCUGAUGGUGUUGAACAAUCGACCACAGUGGGAGGGAGGCAGAGCAGUGUUGUGCUCCAGAAACUGCAGCCUGAUACCCCUUAUAGUGUUACAGUUUCAUCCAUAUAUGCAGAUGGUGAAGGAGGGCAGAUGACAGGCAGGGGCAAAACCAAACCUCUCAACACAGUCAAGAAUCUCAGAGUUUAUGAUCCAACCACCAGCACACUGAAUGUUCGAUGGGAUCAUGCUGAAGGGAACCCACGGCAGUACAAAUUGUUUUAUGCACCAGUGUCGGGUGGUGCAGAAGAACUGGCAACUGUCCCAGGAAACACAAAUUAUGCUGUCCUAAGGAAUCUGCAGCACGACACACAAUAUAAAGUAACUGUGGUUCCUUCUUAUCCAGAAGGUGAUGGAGGCCGGAAGUCCGAUAAUGGGAAAACUUUGAUGAGAGGAACACCAAGAAGCAUCCAAGUUUAUAACCCUACAACAAACAGCCUUAAUGUCCAGUGGGAACCUGCACCAGGGCCAGUACAGCAAUACAGAGUAGUCUAUUCUUCAUUGCUUGGCACAAGGCCAUCAGAAUCUGUUGUGGUACCUGCCAACACCCGGAAUGUUUUACUAGAACGCCUGGCUCCUGAUACUCCCUAUUCGGUAAAUGUUGUUGCUUUGUAUGCUGAUGGAGAAGGUGAUCCCAGCGUUGGACAGGGAAGAACAAUGCCUCGCAGUGGGCCCAGGAACAUCAGAGUCUUUGAUCCUUCUACAAACAGCCUUUCUGUUCAGUGGGACCAUGCCGACGGGCCUGUGCAGCAGUACAGAAUAAUAUAUUCUCCUACUGUUGGAGACCCAAUAGAUGAAUAUACAACAGUCCCUGGUAGAAGGAACAAUGUAUUGCUACAACCUUUGCAGCCAGAUACACCCUAUAAAAUUACAGUUGUGGCAGUUUAUGAAGAUGGUGAUGGUGGACAGUUGACAGGAAAUGGAAAAACAGUUGGGCUGCUUGCUCCUCAGAACAUACACAUUUCAGAUGAAUGGUACACACGAUUUAGAGUUUCCUGGGAUCCUGCACCAUCUCCUGUUCUUGGGUACAAAAUUGUGUAUAAGCCUGUGGGUACUGAUGAGACAAUGGAAGUGUUUGUAGGAGAGGUGACUGCAUAUACAUUGCACAACCUUUCUCCUAGUACUUCCUAUGAUGUAAGUGUUUAUGCUCAAUAUGAUUCUGGACUCAGCGCACCUCUGGUUGAUCAAGGCACUACAUUGUACUUGAAUGUAACUGAUCUAAAAAGUUAUAACGUGGGAUGGGACACUUUCUGCAUCAGAUGGGCAGCUCAUCGAUCGGCCUCUUCUUACAGACUGAAGCUAAAUCCUGCUGAUGGAUCUAGGGGCCAAGAAAUUACAGUGCGUGGAACAGAAACAAGUCACUGUUUUACUGGCCUCUCGCCAGAUACCACUUACGAUGCUACUGUCUUUGUUCAAACACCAAACCUAGAAGGGCCUCCAGUAUCUACCAGGGAGCGGACAUUAAUCAAGCCAACAGAACCACCAACACCGCCACCAACUCCUCCUCCACCUCCAACAAUCCCACCUGCUCGAGAAGUAUGCAAGGGAGCCAAAGCAGAUAUCGUCUUCUUGACGGAUGCUUCCUGGAGUAUCGGGGAUGACAAUUUCAACAAAGUUGUGAAAUUUGUUUUCAAUACGGUUGGAGCCUUUGACCUAAUCAACCCUGCUGGAAUUCAGGUUUCCUUUGUUCAAUACAGCGAUGAUCCAAAGUCUGAGUUUCAUCUAAAUACGUAUGAUGAGAAGGCUCAGGCACUGGGAGCACUUCAGAAUGUUCAAUACAGGGGGGGAAACACAAGAACAGGCAAAGCACUAACAUUUAUCAAAGAUAAAGUCUUAACAUGGGAAAGUGGCAUGAGGAAAGGUGUUCCCAAAGUACUUGUUGUUGUAACAGAUGGUCGGUCACAAGAUGAAGUGAUGAAAGCUGCAGCUGUCAUACAGCAUUCCGGUUUCAGUGUCUUUGUUAUUGGUGUGGCUGAUGUGGAUUACCAUGAACUAGCCAAAAUUGCCAGCAAACCCAGUGAACGUCAUGUCUUUAUAGUGGAUGAUUUUGAUGCUUUUGCAAAGAUUGAGGAUAACCUCAUCACCUUUGUUUGUGAGACAGCUACCUCAACUUGUCCUCUCAUGUACUUGGAUGGAUACACUGCUCCUGGCUUUAGGAUGCUGGACUCUUACAACUUAACAGAGAAGUAUUUUGCUUCAGUACCAGGCGUUUCACUGCAGACAGGAUCUUUCCCCAGUCAUGUGGCGUACAAGCUCCAUAAAAACGCCUUUGUCAGCCAGCCCACAAUGGAAAUUCAUCCAUAUGGAUUAUCAAAGGCUUAUACUAUCAUAUUUUUAUUCCGUCUUGUCCCGGAAACCACUACCGAACCAUUUGCACUUUGGCAAAUAACAGACAGAGAUUACAAACCACAAGUUGGAGUUGUUCUUGACCCCUCCAGCAAAGUAUUGUCAUUCUUUAACAAGGACACAAGGGGAGAGCUUCAGACCGUGACAUUUGAAGGGGAAGAAGUAAAGACACUCUUUUAUGGGAGUUUCCACAAGAUCCAUAUUGUCAUAACACCCACAAGUGCUAAGAUCUACAUUGACUGUGUUGAAAUCAUGGAAAAACCAAUUAAGGAGAGUGGAAAUAUCACAACUGAUGGUUAUGAAAUACUUGGUAAACUACAAAAAGGGGAAAGGAAAACAGCAACAUUUGAGAUCCAGAACUUUGACAUUGUCUGCAAUUCAGUUUGGACAAGCAGAGAUAGAUGCUGUGACAUUCCUUCUAGGAGGGACGAAGCCAAAUGCCCACCACUGACAAAUGCUUGCACGUGCACUCAGGACAGCGUGGGACCUCCGGGGCCUCCAGGACCAGCCGGAGCUCCAGGUACUAAGGGACCAAGAGGUGAAAGAGGCUUAAGUGGACCCCCUGGACCACCUGGACCUCGUGGAGAUGUUGGACCUGCAGGUCCUCAAGGCCCACCAGGGCCCCAGGGGCCAAAUGGACUUUCCAUUACAGGAGAACCAGGCCGUCAGGGGAUGAAAGGUGAUGCUGGAGAGCCAGGACUUCCAGGUCGAUCCGGUUCACCAGGCUUAACUGGCCCGCCAGGUCCAAUGGGACCUCCAGGUGACAGGGGAUUCACUGGAAAAGAUGGCCCAACGGGACCAAGAGGACCUCCUGGACCAUUAGGUGCCCCAGGAGUGCCUGGAGUAGCUGGUCCACCAGGGAAACCAGGGAAGCCAGGAGAUCGUGGGUCACCGGGUCCAUCUGGAUUGAAAGGUGAAAAAGGUGACCGGGGGGACAUUGCUUCCCAGCACAUGAUGCGGUCUGUUGCAAGGCAAGUCUGUGAACAGAUGAUUAAUGGCCAAAUGACCCGUUUUAACCAGAUGCUGAAUCAAAUUCCAAAUAAUCACUAUUCUAAUCGCAAUGAGCCUGGACCACCAGGGCCACCAGGUCCCCCUGGACCUGCUGGGACAAGAGGAGAACCUGGGCCUGGAGGCAGGCCAGGAUUCCCAGGUUCACCUGGUAUGCAAGGGCCACCUGGAGACAGAGGGCUACCUGGAGAGAAAGGUGAAAGAGGGCUUGGAUCACCAGGACCACGAGGUUUGCCUGGGCCACCAGGUCCACAAGGGGAAUCCAGAAUUGGCCCACCAGGUUCUACAGGCUCACGGGGUCCACCUGGGCCACCCGGCCGUCCGGGUAAUGCGGGCAUCAGAGGUCCUCCUGGGCCCCCUGGAUACUGUGAUUCAUCCCAGUGCGCUAGCAUUGCUUACAACGGUCAAGGAUAUCCAGGUUGACCACUCAUCUAAAGUAAAAAGAACACAAUUGUUUGCCAUUUCUACGUGCGUCCUUAAUGUUGGGAUUAUCUAUACAAAAUUAGUACCUGAGAUCUAAUUUUCCAAAUCCAAAUGUCAUUCCGUGAUACAGUGCAGACAAUCUGAGGGGAGGGAGGGUGCCACCAUCUCACAAUCGGUGCCAAGUUAAAUUCCAUGUAGUCUGUGAUUAUAUUGCUGAAUGGCAGAAAUUUCUUCUGAGAAGAAGCAGUUUCAGACAAUGAACCUCCAAAGAAACAAAAAUGCUGGAUAACUGUAGCUACUGGAGCAUCAAAGCAUCAAAAUUUGGGAAGGGAUGAUGCCCCAAACAGUAUAUGCCAUAGUAGGGCAUCUCUCAAGGAAAGAGUCCAUGCCCACAGUAUUGAUAGCUAGUUUGUGUGCACUGUAGCACCUUAUAAUCCAUAAACAUGAUAUUGCUGUUGGUUGUGUUUUUGCCACUAUCAUAAUGUGCAUGUAUACAUGAAUAUAUAUAUAUAUAUGUACACACAAAUUCAUAGAGUUGGUGGGUUGAACAAAUUUAAAAGACCAAAAUUAGAAUGCAGAACUUGCACAAAGUCAAUAAUUAAUCUGAUUUUUUUAAACUAGAAAAUGAUACUGUAGUAUUACCUUUCCAAAUAUCAGUCUUGUAUACAUAUAUAGAUAUAUACAUAUAAUUUAACCCUCAUAGUUGGAUUUAGAUGGAUGAAAAUAUAUUUUUGCACAGCUUUUCUACCCUGAAAGCUAACAUCAUCUUUGACCUGUUUCAGGUUCCAGCUAACACAUUUUCUAAGUCGCCAGUGCUGCUUACAGUUUGAAUACAAUGAAAAUCCUGUUUCUGAGAUGUUUGUGCACGUGCUUAUUAGGAAGUGAAUCUGUAUGGGUAUUUCACCAUAGAUGAUGGAUAAAUGAGUAGUGUGGGCCUUAUAUGGUGGGGAGAUCCUACUCAGACUAACACGUCUUGAACACAUGAAAGGACACAGAUGUGUUGCAAGGGAGGUAAACUUUUCUCCAACCACAUAUCAGAAAGAAGUCACUAGGAAUCUCAGUGGCAAUGGAGGCUUAUAAAACUACUUACUAAUGGUUAUAACACCGUGAAACAUUUAACCUGGUGUAAGAGAAAUGGUAAUGUAAAUAGUAAACUAAUUGUGGCUUGUAAAUGAUUUGUAUGGGAUCGUGUCCACUAAAAUUAGUUAACACCAUUACAUCCUGCCUUUUGCAUUCAGGCUUGCUGCUCUGCCGUGUGUUGCUCUGCACCAUCUAACCUUGUCGAAACCUCUCUCUCUCUUGCCUGCCGGCAUCAGCAUUUUUAUUAACAUCUUCUUUGAUUCAGGGCAUCGGGCUUUUUUGUAUACGUAAUCUUCUUACAAAUAUAUAAUCAAAAGCAUAAUUUUGCUUCUGAUUUUCCUGCAGUGUUUGGUGUUCCUCCACUGUCAGAAAAUAAUCUUUACUGAAUAUUACCAUUGGCCUAGAUGUCUGCCACACCCAUGACAUUGCAUUAGUGAAACCAAUGGCUGCACGGCAUAACUAGUGCAAUGGGGAAAUCUGGAUAUUUAUUACUGAAAUUCAGCAUCUGCCCUUUCCCUGAUUGCAUUAGUUACUUUGCUCAAGCACUGAUUUAUGCUUGCGUGGUUUCAGUACUCAGGGGACACCACUGCAUCUUUCCUACAGAAACUAUAAGCCUGAGGUUUUCCCUCUUGUCCCCAAACCAUUUAUCAACUUCAUUAGUUAACUUUCAAUUAAGUGCUAAUGCUAGGAAUUGCUAAAAUGUAUAUUAAGGACAUGAUUUAGCUAAAGCUAAUUGAGUCUACAAGGACACUUCUAAUGAAAGAAACACAUUACUUGUGACUAAUCUAAGUUCCACUGCUUUGAUGGAAUUUAGUCAAGACUUAACCUUUCCUUGUUUGAUAUCUAAAUACUUAUAUAAAUCCCCUGAACAUCAAGAUGAUUUGCAUUUUCUUUUUUCUUUUUUGAUACCUUUAUCUCUUCCCAGAAUGGACUGAAAAGGGAUUUUAAUUAUUUAUAAUUUAAAUAAUUAUAAUUAUUAAUUAUCUGUGUGUCAUACAAAAUUAAUAGAAGAGACUAAACUGCAAUUCUGUGCUUGUUUACUUGGGAUAAAGUCCUUUUGAGCACUAUUAGUAACCAAGCACAGGAUUUUAGUUAACAUUUCAGAUACUGGUCUUAAAAAAGUGUUUAUUGUAAGCAGCCUCAGGAGGACAGAUUGCUUUGAAAUCCAGCAUAAAAGUUUCUGAAACAAACAAAAACAAAAGAACGAACAGUGUCCCCAGUGCUGAAUCUCAUGUGUUCCCUGGUAUGCAUAUCGAGCUCUAAUAAGAGAAGCCCUCCCCUUUCCUUUAAAGGCAAGGGGAGUGCCAUGCAGAAUUCUCUUUGAGUGGACGAAAUGUAUGUUUAUCAGAGUUCCUGCAUCAAUCACUGCUUUAGCAUCAUUCUGCUUGGAAGAAGGUCAAGUUUCUUGUUUUUUUUUUUUAAUCAGACUCACUUCCAAGUAAAUGAACUGAGGAUCAAUGCCAUAAAGAUCUUCACCCACUACCACAUUACUAAUGCAAAAAGUAGCUUUAAAAAUGUCUGUGGAUUCAAAUACAUGUGAUAACUAUAAUGUUCAAUCGGACAACUAUUUUCAAUCAGAACCAUACGCACCUGAAAGUGGACCCUAUCAGCCUGAAAGUGAACCCUACAUAGUACCAGUGGAAUCCGAAAGAAGAG